GGUUUUAAUUCAGCGAGGAAAGGGGGGCGGGGAGGCGUGAGGGUAGCUGUCAGUCCGCCACUAUGAACGUGGUUUUUGCUGUGAAGCAGUAUGUUUCCAAAAUGAUAGAAGACAGCGGGCCAGGUAUGAAGGUUCUUCUCAUGGAUAAAGAGACGACUGGCAUAGUGAGUAUGGUCUACACACAGUCAGAGAUUCUGCAGAAGGAAGUAUACCUCUUUGAACGCAUUGAUUCUCAAAAUCGGGAGACCAUGAAACACUUGAAGGCAAUUUGUUUUCUUCGCCCUACAAAGGAAAAUGUGGAUUAUCUGAUUCAGGAGCUCCGCAGACCCAAAUACAGUAUAUAUUUCAUUUAUUUCAGUAAUGUGAUCAGCAAGAGUGAUGUGAAGUCCUUAGCUGAAGCUGAUGAACAGGAAGUUGUGGCUGAGGUUCAGGAAUUUUAUGGUGAUUACAUUGCUGUGAAUCCACAUUUGUUUUCCCUCAAUAUUUUGGGUUGCUGCCAGGGUAGAAAUUGGGAUCCAAGCCAUCUAUCCAGAACAACUCAGGGGCUGACAGCUCUCCUCCUGUCUCUGAAGAAGUGUCCCAUGAUUCGCUAUCAGCUCUCAUCAGAAGUGGCAAAGAGACUUGCGGAAUGUGUUAAGCAAGUGAUAACUAAAGAAUAUGAACUGUUUGAGUUCCGGCGGACAGAGGUUCCCCCGUUGCUUCUUAUUUUAGAUCGCUGCGACGAUGCCAUCACCCCACUGCUCAACCAGUGGACGUAUCAAGCCAUGGUCCAUGAAUUACUGGGCAUAAACAACAACCGGAUUGAUCUUUCCAGAGUGCCAGGCAUCAGCAAAGACCUAAGAGAAGUGGUCCUAUCUGCUGAAAAUGAUGAAUUCUAUGCUAAUAACAUGUACCUGAACUUUGCAGAGAUUGGUAGCAAUAUCAAGAAUCUAAUGGAAGACUUUCAGAAGAAGAAACCAAAGGAGCAGCAGAGACUAGAGUCAAUAGCAGACAUGAAGGCCUUUGUUGAGAAUUAUCCACAGUUCAAGAAGAUGUCUGGGACCGUGUCAAAGCACGUGACAGUGGUCGGAGAACUGUCUCGACUGGUCAGUGAGCGGAAUCUGUUGGAGGUUUCAGAGGUUGAGCAGGAGCUGGCCUGUCAAAAUGACCAUUCUAGUGCUCUCCAGAAUGUGAAGAGGCUCCUACAGAACCCGAAAGUGACAGAAUUUGAUGCUGCCCGCUUGGUGAUGCUUUAUGCUCUGCAUUAUGAGCGACACAGCAGCAACAGCCUGCCUGGGCUAAUAAUGGACCUCCGGAACAAAGGAGUUUCUGAGAAGUAUCGAAAGCUUGUGUCUGCUGUUGUUGAAUAUGGUGGUAAACGGGUUAGAGGAAGUGACCUCUUCAGCCCCAAAGAUGCAGUGGCUAUUACUAAACAGUUCCUCAAAGGAUUGAAGGGAGUGGAAAAUGUAUAUACACAGCAUCAGCCUUUCCUGCAUGAGACCCUGGACCAUCUCAUCAAAGGAAAGCUUAAAGAAAACCUCUAUCCUUAUUUAGGUCCCAGCACACUCAGAGACAGACCUCAGGAUAUCAUUGUCUUCAUAAUUGGAGGAUCCACCUAUGAAGAAGCUGUAACAGUUUAUAACCUGAACCGGUCCACUCCUGGAGUGAGGAUUGUCCUGGGAGGAACCACAAUACACAAUACGAAGAGUUUCCUAGAGGAAGUCCUGGGUUCCGGACUGCACAGCCGAAGCAGGGAGAGCUCUCAGGCCGCAUCGAGACCAGUGAGCAGACGGUGAAGGGCAGGGAGAAGCUCCUUGCCCUGCUGCAGGUCUCCCCUGCUGCCCAGAGGCCUCGGGGUUACUCUUGUGUUUGCUGUACCUCAUAGCAGGUAACCCCCAACCCCUGAACUGCCCGCCAUAACACUCCUAGUGAUAAGCUGAGAGUAAGUCUGAGCCCGUCUAAGGCCUUCUCGUGUGAUGGCCUUAAGAAAUAAACCCGCUCUUUGUAGCUUGUCCCCUGGGUGCAGGCGGCAGUGGCACCGGGAGGGUUGCUGGGUUCUUUCUUGGAAGAGGGCAUCAGAGCUGAGGGGGAUUCAAAGGAACCACGUGGUACACAAGCCACUGUCCUCAAUUCCCUCUCUUCCCCGGACUCUUUCUUUCCAUUAACCACAUUCCUGCACAUUCUUUUGUGAGAACUCACCAUGUUUCUUUAUGGAACCAUCCAAAAAUUGCCUCUGCAUUGCAAUUUUCUGUGGCACUGAGAAACCAUGUAUGACUAAAAUAAAAAUUCAUUUUGUGGA